GCUGCCGCCUAUAUGUUGACUAUUGACAUCUCCAUUGUGAAAGCUUUCAAUAUAGGCUAUGGUUUUCUUUCAUUAAACGAGAAUAUUUUCUUUCCUUAAAUUCUCGAUCCUUAUUUUUCUCUUUUACAUAUUUUUAUGAAAGCUGAUCGAACUCUUUUGGAGGAGGCUUUAGCGUGGUAGCCAAACGAUAAUGAAGGAGCUCGAAAUCUCAGUUGCCGUGGAAAGACUUAGCCGGUUGUCCGAUGAAGAAACAGCAAUGGAAAUUGGGUUAGGUGAACGCAUCGAGGAUAUAACUAAACUGUUACUGGAUAAUCGGUCUAUUCUAAAGAACGAUGAUCCAAGUCAAAGAGAGACAAUAGACGAGCUGAUCACCAAAAUUGACAAAGUUUCAUUUAAUAUAGAGUACGCCAUCGGAAAUCAUGGUCUAUCAAGGAAUAAUUCUAGAAAAUUUAGCAUGGGAUGUAUGUCAUGUUGCAUACAAAGCCAAGAUGAUCCAUAUUUUAGAAUCAAGUGUGGGCUAAGAGAACUGUACGACGACGUCAAACAUGCUCUUGAGAAGUUAUCUUACUUGCCUGCGUCAAAUGAGAAAGACGAUGAAUGGAAGAGGUCCGAUUACUAUUACAACCUCCCACCUGAUCGCGAUGUCGUUGGCCUCAAGAAAGUUAAAUCUGAGCUACUCCAAUGCCUCAUGGAUGAGUCCGAGUACUUAAAAGUCAUUUCACUCUAUGGAGUUGGCGGAGUAGGGAAGACCACUCUAGCACACCAAGUGUUCAAAGACCCAGGGAUUGAGUUAGAAUUUAAUUUUCGAGUCUGGAUCCCUGUUUCUUCCAAGUUUAACACCAAAGACAUACUUAUGCACAUUCUUAGCUGCAUUGAAGCACGUCGUCAUUUAGCUGACAAACCGCAAGCCGAGUUGGCUGAUGAUAUUAUAUAUUCUAUUAAAAAAGGUGGAAGAUUCCUGUUUGUUCUAGAUGAUGUUUGGUCGACUCGAGUUUUGGAUGAACUGCAGCGUCUACUCUUAUCAGCUAAGAAGAAGGGUUCCAGUUCCAGCAUAUUGCUUACCACACGGAAGAGGCAAGUAGCUGAAAACGGUAUUCUGAAGCCACCAUUCGUCUACACAGUGCGUCGCCUCAUGAAAAUCGACGCCUGGAAGUUAUUUAUGGAAGAAUACCGGCGACACAAUAAAGAAGAUAAACUCAGCGCAGAGAAGGAGAAUAUAGGGAAGGAGAUGGUGAAACGCUGUGAAGGGCUCCCAGUGGCGAUCGUGAAACUCGGUCAAGAGUUGGCAGGUAGAGAAAGCCUGGACGAGUGGAAUAUAGUGCAUCAAAACUUAAUGUCAUUUCUAACUGACAAUGUACUACAAGUUUUAGCUCCGAGCUUUGAUGACUUACCAGAUCACCUCAAACUAUGUUUUAUUUACUUGGGCCUUUGGCCAGAAGACUCGGUGAUUGACGCAGACAAGUUAUAUCACUUCUGGAUGGUCGAAGGCUUAGUAAAGCCGCAAGAUAUCAGAGUCGGAGUAACAGCAUUAACUGUAGCAGAGCAAUAUCUAACAGAACUUGCAAGGAUGAGUAUGGUUGAGGUUGACGAAGAGGAUGCUCCAAGUGUUAGAAGGCUCAAAUUUUGCCGCGUUUCCAGAAUGAUGCGACAACUAUCUAUAUCAAAGGGUAACCAGAUAAAUUUCAGCCACAGGAUUGAUUCUUUGGUAGGUUCAGAUUCCACUUCAACAUAUUUAAGAAACAAAACAGGACGCUUGUUCGUGUGUCUAGAAAGGCUAGAGGAUAGCGGCAUUCUGGCCAAGAAACAGCACACUUGGAACCUUCAUAGCCUACAUAUCCAUGACGCACACAAGCAGCAAGCCAGGAGACCUGUACGGUUGUCGGGCAAGUUUGAUGUUGAGGAGUUAAGGUUGCUUAGACUUCUCGAUUUUGAUGGGGCUGAAAUUGGAUGGAACGAAAUAGCAGCUGAUGGGAGAUCAAUUAUUAGACGGAGUGAAUUACUGGAAGGGAUAUCCAAGCUAGUUCGCUUGAGGUAUCUGAGUUUUAAGAGAUGUAUUUUGAAUCAGUUACCAGUGGCCAUUAGUAAUUUGUUGUACUUACAAGUACUUGACUUGCGCGUGGAUAAUUCGAUUACUCAGCUGAUUUUGCCAAAUGUGCUGUGGAAGAUGAGAAAAAUGAAACAUCUAUAUCUUCCACGGAAGUUUCGAACGUACGCUGGAGACAAAUUGCGGUUGGAUGGCUUGACAGAGCUUGAGACCCUAGAGAACUUCAUCACAAGGGUAUGCAAUGUUACUGAUCUGCAGACAUUGACCGAACUUCAUAACCUAGCUGUGAAGAUUGACGGUGAUCUCACUGACCUACAGUUUAUCAACGAGCAUCUGAAACAAUCUUCAAACAAACAGAUCCAGUUGUCUGUUGAUGUCAGAAACUUUGACUGCUUUGUAGAUAACAGGCAUUCUGUUAUCAGGGAACUAUUGCAAUAUCGAGCUAUCCGAAUCUUUUGCAUUGAGGGGCAUAUCCGCGAGCUGCCACCAAAAAACAAAAUCUCCUCAAGUUUGACUAAGUUAGUCCUGAUUGGCUCCGAACUUGAGAAAGAUCCUAUGGAAAAGUUAUCUAAGCUUCCCAAUUUACGGGUUCUAGUCCUCGAUGAUAACGCUUUUGAAGGGACGGAUAUGGUUAGUCCUCCUUCUGGUUUUACUGAACUCAAACGUUUAGAAAUCUUGAAUUUGAUAUUUUUGGAGAGUUGGACUGUAGAAAACAAUUCUAUGCCAAAGCUUUCUAGCAUAAAAAUUGAAAAUUGCCCGAAAUUGAGGAUCCCAGAUGGCUUCAAGUUCCUCACUGCUCUCAAAAAGUUGGAGAUCGCAAAGAUGCCUAAAUCAUUUGCAGAUAUGCUCCGCGGGAUAGAUGGAAGACGAGAUGAAGACACAGACAUAGUAGAGUAUGUGAAGAUCACUUUUCCGAUAACUGAUGAGAUAACCAGAUCACAAGAUGAAGCCUCCACAUCAGAUGUGCAUACAGCUUAACAUUCCAUGCUGCUAUCAAUAAAAAAUGGUGAAAGACUCUCUCAUUGUUGAGUUGGUGGUAGAGAGUUGAAGUUGAUUCCUGCUGUUAAUGUUUUUGUUUUUUAAUGUUGCACCCGAGAUGAAGUUUGGUGAUUAUUUGUUAUUUGAAAACCUUGUCAUAUUUGUGUGUGUUUAUGUUUUCUGUGUGUUUAAUUUAUGAAGGGAUUAUGGUUCAUCA